AUGGCUGCUUCCCUGACCAUUCUGGAAGUCGAUCACGCUAUGGCGGACCUUGACCAAACUGAGAUCUGCCAGCUCAAGGACGCUCUGGACCGAGCUGAAAUUAUUCUCAACCGCCUUGAGGAGCUGAAAGAUGUCGACCAGACGCAGAUAAUCCAGCUACAGGCCCAUAUCGACGAGCUGGGGGAGACGAUCGUGGCCUUACGAGAGGAGAACAGUUGUCUCAAGGAGCAGAACCAGGGCAUUCUCGGCAGUACCCAAGAGCCCUGCCAGCCGGUUCAGGAGCCCGAGGAUGUCGCUGUCGAUCUGGAAGACUUGAAUAUGGAUGACGCCGUUAAGGACGGCUACCUCUCUGUCUCUGACAGCGGAUUCGAAGAUGUUAGUUCUGAGACCGGUUCCGAUUCUUUUUGA